CAGCCACUCCAAAACGCAAAGCAGAACACUCCAGACUCCGGUCCACCGCCGCUCGCCGUCGCUAAUGGCGAUUCCACGUCGCCUCUCUCGCCUUGCCGCGGCGACCGAAACCACCAAACGCUCGUCCGCAAAUAUCGGCGUAGACCUCGGCGGAAUCGGCGGGAGACCCUCGACGGCCGCCCUGGCUGCUGCCGCGACGGCCGCCGCCGCCGCCGGCCGCGCCUCCGAGUGCCAGUCUCUCCUCCUCCGCAUGUCGCGCCGCCGCGGCGCGUCCCGCCGCGAGAUCGUCUCCUCCCUCCUCGCCUCCUCCCCCACCUCGCAGCCGCAGCCGCAGGUGUUCGACCUCCUCAUCCGCACCUACACCCAGUCCCGCAAGCCCCGGGAGGCCUUCGAGGCCUUCCGCCUCCUCCUCAACCACCGUGUUCCCGUCCCCGCCUCCGCCUUCAACGCCCUCCUCGCUGCCCUCUCCAGGGCCGGGUGGCCUCAUCUCGCCGCGGAGGCCUACAGCCUCGUCCUCUCCUCCAACUCAGAGGUAAACACCUACACGCUUAACAUCAUGGUCCACAACUACUGUAAAACCCUAGAGUUCGAUAAGGUUGACACUGUCAUCUCCGAGAUGGAGAAGAGAUAUGUGUUUCCGGAUGUGGUUACACAUAAUGUGAUGGUUGAUGCCAGAUUUCGUGCCGGGGAUGUGGAUGCAGCAAUGGCAACGGUCGAUUCGAUGGCCAAUAAGGGGCUGCAGCCUGGGAUCGUGACAUACAACUCAGUGUUGAAGGGGCUGUGUAGGAAUGCAAGGUUGGACAAAGCAAGGGAGGUUUUCAGGGCAAUGGACAAAAGCGGGGUUGCAGCGGAUGUUCUGAGUUUUAAUAUUUUGAUUGGGGGAUUUUGUAGAGUUGGGGAGGUUGAGGAGGCAGUGAAGUUUUACAAGGAGAUGCGGCAGCGUGGUGUUGCACCAGAUGUGGUCAGCUUUAGUUGCUUAAUUGGAUUGUUCACAAGGAGAGGGAAGAUGGACCAUGCGGCGGCAUACUUGAGGGAAAUGAAGGGUUUUGGGUUGCUGCCUGAUGGUGUGAUUUACACAAUGGUCAUAGGUGGGUUUUGUAGGGCUGGGUCAACAUCGGAGGCUCUGAGAAUUAGGGAUGAGAUGGUUGGUUGUGGGUGUUUACCAGAUGUGGUAACAUACAAUACCUUGUUGAACGGAUUUUGUAAACAGCACAGGUUGCUCGAUGCAGAAGAACUUUUCAAUGAGAUGGAGGAGAGAGGGGUUCCACCAGAUUUAUGCACUUUCACAACUUUGAUUCAUGGGUACUGCAGAGAGGGUAAUGUAGAGAAAGCAUUGCAAUUAUUUGACACAUUGUUGCACCGGCGUUUGAGGCCAGACAUUGUGACAUAUAAUAGUUUGAUUGAUGGAAUGUGCAGAAAAGGUGAUCUGGGCAAAGCUAAUGAACUAUGGGAUGAUAUGCAUGCUCGAGAAAUAUUCCCCAAUCAUGUUACAUACAGCAUCCUGAUAGACAGCCACUGUGAGAAGGGACAAGUGGAAGAUGCGUAUGGUUUUUUGGAUGAAAUGGUCAAUAAGAGCAUUUUACCAAACAUCAUGACCUAUAAUUCCAUCAUCAAGGGUCAUUGCCGGUCAGGUAAUGUAAAAAAGGGGCAGCAGUUUUUGCAAAAGAUGAGGCAAGAUAACAUAUUACCUGAUUUAAUUACUUUCAACACCUUGAUCCAUGGUUAUAUUAAAGAAGAAAAUAUGCACGAAGCUUUCAAUGUGUUUAACAUAAUGGAGAAGGAAAUGGUUCAACCUGAUGUUGUCACGUAUAAUAUGCUUAUAAACGGGUUUUCUGAACAAGGUAAUAUGCAAGAAGCUAGUUGGGUUUUCAAGAAAAUGGGUCCUAGAGGAAUCGAACCGGAUAGAUAUACAUACAUGUCUAUGAUAAAUGGUCAUGUUGCUGCUGGCAACUCAAAGGAGGCAUUUCAGCUUCAUGAUGAGAUGCUUCAAAGAGGGUUUGCUCCUGAUGACAAAUUCUGAGGGUUAUCGUUUCUGCUAUAUUGGACUUUAAGGAAGAGAAAUGUGGGAUCUUUGGAAUUCUCACCUCCAACAGAUAUUUGUGAUUUGAAGCCUUGAAGGUGAGUAUGUGAAAUUUUUAGCAUAAAGCAUGGAAACAUCAUCUUGCUUAUGCAUGAUGCCUUGUUUACUUGAGUGCGAUUCGUCAAGAAACAGUGCUGUCUUUUGCUGGACCAAGCAAUAAAAUUAUUAUUCUGUACAUGUUUCUUUUGCUAUUUUUGGCGUUUCAUACUUCGGUGGUUUGCGACUUGGUACCGUCAUACUGAUCCAGGAAAUGGGAAAUCAAGGGAAUCAAAAGGUUCCAUGUAAGUGAACUUUGUGUUGUGGGAAUGCUUUCUCCACCAAGAUCCAGGAACGUUGCUUAUGUUUUCAGGGUACUGAAUAAGUACAGAAGACCUUAACCUCUCAGCCUCUCAGGGGCAGAUUCGGAAAAAGGGACAUAACUGAAACUCCAUUACUCGAUGAGAGAGACUACACAAAGUAUUGUACUGUCUAGGCUACAACUAUGAUCUACAGAUUCCACGAUGCGGAAAAAACAGGAUCAAUGGGGUCAAAGAAACCCAAAAAAAAAAAAAAAAAUCGGAUAGAAGAAAGGCUAAGCAAAACUGCUGCACGAAAGGAAGAAAGAAAAGUGACUGGAGGGCUAAAUAUGUCCCCUUCAGUAUGAAGCUCCAGAAGAGCAGGAAAAAUAACAUUGAAUCAAAAGAAUGAAGGAAUAGCUUAUCAUAACUGUACAUGGAUCACAACUCAUGGAAGUCGGCAUCUUCCUCCAGGAUCCGUGAUGCAGCGAUUGUGGUGGCUUGCGCGCUGAAGAUCAGGUAGAAAAUGAGAGCCAGAGGCAGAGCUUGUUUCCUUUGGAACAUAUCUUCUGAAUUUCUGUAUCAAGUGAGGUGCCAAGGUAAGGAGCUGGAGGCUGUAUAUGCUGAGGCUUCGAUUACAUAGAAACUAAAAUGACCUCCGUGUUGGUUUCCUUGGGGUUCAAGCUUCGACGCGUUCAACAGUUUGUGCCAUGUGGAAUGUUUGCAAGGUUGACGUUGCAUAAUAGGAGUCGAAGGCACAUCGUGGCCAAGUUCACAGAAGGAUCUCUUGCACAAUACAUUUCUGAGGCAUAAUAAGAUCCUUGUUUAUUGUUUAUGCUA